AUGGCAGACCAACACGAGGUUGAUCUUGACUCAAUAAUUGACCGGCUGCUCGAGGUGCGAGGCAGCCGACCCGGCAAGCAGGUCCAGCUCCUCGAGGCUGAGAUCCGCUUCCUCUGCACCAAGGCCCGAGAGAUCUUCAUUUCUCAGCCUAUCCUCCUCGAACUCGAGGCACCUAUCAAGAUCUGCGGCGAUAUCCACGGACAAUAUUAUGACUUGCUGCGUCUUUUCGAGUACGGUGGCUUCCCUCCGGAGGCCAACUACCUCUUCCUCGGUGACUACGUCGACCGUGGUAAACAGAGUCUCGAGACCAUCUGCCUGCUCCUGGCCUACAAGAUCAAGUACCCCGAAAACUUCUUUGUCCUGAGAGGAAACCACGAGUGCGCCUCCAUCAACCGUAUCUACGGCUUUUACGACGAGUGCAAGCGCCGAUACAACAUCAAGCUUUGGAAGACCUUCACAGACUGCUUCAACUGCCUGCCAAUUGCCGCCAUUAUCGACGAGAAGAUUUUCACCAUGCACGGAGGUCUGAGCCCUGAUCUGAACUCCAUGGAGCAGAUCCGCCGGGUCAUGCGACCCACUGAUAUUCCCGACUGCGGCCUGCUGUGCGAUCUGCUCUGGUCUGACCCUGAUAAGGACAUCACUGGGUGGAGCGAAAACGACAGAGGUGUCUCCUUCACGUUCGGCCCGGACGUCGUGUCGCGCUUCUUACAGAAACACGACAUGGAUCUUAUUUGCCGUGCCCAUCAGGUCGUUGAGGAUGGAUACGAGUUCUUCUCCAAGCGACAGCUUGUCACUCUGUUCAGCGCGCCCAAUUACUGUGGAGAGUUCGACAACGCAGGUGCCAUGAUGAGCGUUGACGAGAGCUUGCUCUGUUCCUUCCAGAUCUUGAAGCCUGCUGAGAAGAAACAAAAGUAA